AUGGCAGUAGAGUUUAUAGCGUGUUAUGAGGCAUCACAUUAUGGAAUAUGGCUGCGAGAUUUUGACUGGGCUAUGCAUUGUGGACAGUAUAGAAAGAUCGCUCAAGAUAUUAAAGAGUUCACAGUGGACCAUAAAAGAUUGAUACCCAAGGUCUUUCAUGAGCAUACUGCUGAUAUGGGUGUAAUUUAUAAAGUUUUUAGUUUACUAUCUCUGAACUUGCUAGAAAAUGAUCUCACUAAGUCAAUCUGUGGAGCCCACAUUUACAAAUUGCCUUUCUCUAUCCUUGCAGGUGGGUGGCUGGCUCCAUCUCUUGGAGACUCGAAUCUCUCCAACUACACCGUGAAUGGAGAUUCCCAAGUCCCUCCCGGAUUCAGAUUUCAUCCAACAGAAGAGGAGCUUUUGCAAUACUAUUUGAGAAAAAAAGCUGAUCUUCAGAAGAUUGAUUUGGAUGUUAUCCCAGAUGUUGAUCUUAAUAAACUCGAACCAUGGGACAUUCAAGAGAAAUGCAAAAUUGGAUCGACUCCACAGAGUGAUUGGUAUUUUUUCAGUCACAAGGAUAAAAAGUACCCCACUGGUAUGCGUACUAAUCGUGCAACUGCUGCCGGAUUUUGGAAAGCAACGGGCCGUGACAAAGUGAUAUAUAGUAACUCUCGACCGAUAGGCAGGAGAAAGACGCUUGUUUUCUACAACGGUCGAGCUCCACAUGGACGAAAGUCCGAUUGGAUCAUGCAUGAAUACAGACUUGAAGCCGAUGAUAAUGAAUCAGAGGGGUGGGUGAUUUGUCGAAUAUUUAAGAAGAAAAAUCAGUAUAAAAACCUCGAUAGUACUUCAUCUGACCAAAACUUGUUGAACUCAUCAAAGGAAGGGACAUUGGAACAAAUUCUCCGGUACAUGGGAAGUACAUGCAAGGAGGAAUUAGGCAUGCCGGUAAACACUAGCUGCAGUCGAGACAGAUUCAUCAAACUCCCCAGUCUCCAGAGCCCCGAGGACUCCUCUUCCGGCAGCCCGAGCUUUAAUCAACCCGUAAUCGGUAACCAAGAUUGGGCAACACUUGACAGGAUGGCGGCAUCACACCUCAAUGGUGAAAGCGAGACUAACUGCAAGCAGUUAUCUGCUGGUUUUACGAGUUUUUGCAUCAAUCCAAUUGAUGGUGGUGAUGAUCAACGUCUACAAUUACAUCAACAAAAAACAUCGUCUUCCUCUUCCAACACGCAUUACGAAACUGAUUCUCAAUUGGAUUGUAAUCAUAAUGAUUGUGAUUUAUGGAGUUGCUUAAUGCGAUCAUCCUCAUCGCAGUGCAACUUACCAAAUGUACCCCGUUUUUAGGAUAUUAUACCAAACUAUAAUAUCACGCGUGUUCAAAUCAA